CGAGCACGCCACUCGACUCGCUGUCGCAGCCGCGUGCACGCUGCACUGUCCCGUCCCGACGACGUCGCUUCACUCUUCUCUGUGCACCGUUGGAGCGGGCGGCCGGACCCCGUGCAGCGCAGUGGCGAUCGUGGCUGGAGGCCGUUGCCUUUUGCAGCCAAACAUGCUGCCCUUCGAGACGCCCAGCAUCUUCGACCAGCUCCCGCGGUUCGUCUUCAAGAUGCCGCGGGUGGUGCCCGACCAGAAGGCGAAAUUCGAGUCGGACGAGCUCUUCCGGCGCCUCAGCAGGGAGUGCGAGAUUCGUUACACGGGCUACCGGGACAGGCCACUGGAGGAACGUCAGGUGCGCUUCCAGAACGCUUGCCGAGAGGGACACACCGAAGUGGCUUUCGUCGCCACAGGCACCAACCUGCAGCUUGUGUUCAGCCCCUGCCACAAUGGCUACGUGGACUGCUGCGAUUUCGAUAAGGAGCGUGGAAAGGUGCAUAUCAAGUCGAGCUUCAUCAUGAACGGAGUCUGCGUCCGGUACCGAGGAUGGAUCGACCUCGACCGCCUUGACGGUGUGGGCUGCCUCGAGUACGAUGAAGAGCGGGGACGGUUGGAAGACGCCGUGCUUCGAGACCAGAUCGAGUGCUACAACCAAAGGUUGCGAGACUUCGAGGAGAAACAGAGGGCAUUCCGAGCGCGCCACGAACGGCAGGCGGAAGCAGAACUCGAGGCGAGAAGGAAACACCAAGAACUGAGCCCCGACCGUGGUGGAUCUGCGAGCAACUGAAACGGUACAUAGUGGAGCAACAGUGAAACAUCCGCUCGAACGCAUCCGAAGAGCUGGCUUCCUGACCAAGGCCAGCUUGCGACGAAUGCCAGCGACACGGCGCCACCCACCGGCGGCGGCUGCCGCAUCUGGCCAGUGCGCCAUGCGAUACUGGCAGAUUUAUUCGCCGCUGCAUAUUUCUUGCGUUUUUGUACACGAUUGCGCCGAUUACUCCAUGAUUCGUAUAAAGCGGGACAUUUAAACGACAUGAAAAGUCGCCGAACGCUCAGACGGGCAAUGUGAUAAUUAUGCUGAAGAGAAAUGCUCGGUAGAGGGAAAAAAAAAAAAGACGAAGCGAGCGCGUUGCUUUUGUUAUGGUAACUGUGAUCUCUUGUUUUCUCGCGCGUGGCCUCCUAUAGUAAAGCAUUCCUUCUACGGUGAGUGAACAGCGAAUACUCAGCACCACAUGGUGAAAUCUCUAAAUACGUAUUCGAGCUGUUUCCUACGAUUCCACAAAUUCAAGAAAAGAGAACAACAAAUCAACACCGCAAACAUCCCUAAUUCUUUCCGAUCACUCAGGUGGGCGCUGUUAUAUCGAUGGACGGUACAGGGGUUGACGCAGUGUUAUCCACGUGUGCACUCCUGGCUUUCCAUGUAGCUGCUUCGCCGCCACUGUCAGCUGGACUCACACGCGUCCACAUUGAAUGAGGGGCCUUAUUUGUGGGCGGCAGCGAAGCCCGCGGUGCGCCAUGUGCUCACCUCGGUCCCGCGCUCGGGUCCUCGGCCGCCCUCGCAGUUAUAUGCAUGUACAAUAGUGUAUUUAUACUCUGCAGCGCUCGCUUUUCUUGUUUCGUUCGGGAGGUAUAUACCCACGUACAGUACCGUCUACUGUUAAAGGGAACACUCCAAUGCACACAAUUAAUAUUGCUGGCCCUUUAACAGCGAAUGGUUAUGAAAACAAUCAGCACGCACAUCACUAGUCUGUAAAGAGGAGAAAAAAAAUUCAACCACUAGUAGUCUUAUGCAUACCUAAGCUAUUAUGCUUCCGUAAGAUAGCCAAAUAUAAAGACGCAGUGCAAUCAGGUGUUCCCUUUAACUGUGAACGCGUCUGUACUUCUUGGCAUUACUGUUGCGUGCACCGCUGUGCGCAUCGCUCCUGUUCAGAACCGUCGUUGCAAACGGGGCUCAGCUGACGUGCGCAUAAACUAUGUAAGCCCGUUGGACUCCUGCACAUUACCUAGACUCAAUAUUUAACGAGCGCAAUGAUAAAAAAACACAGGCAGUUAGGAUAACGUUCCUUAAAACCUUUGGUUAUGAGCACGGAAGUUUGCGCACAGCGGUUGCUUCAUAUAUAUAAAAAAACAAAAAAACACAAAUUCAUCUUUAUAAGCUCCGUGAGCGUGAGUUACGGUAAUCAGAUGAACAUUUUUUUCCCCCUUUUGUUGCUGUUGUCUCCUGUAGAUAUUGUGAAUAUAUAUGUCUGUUCCGCCAUGUCUUCGUCUUGCUUCUUGUGCCUCGCCUGUUUCUUGAGAUGAUGCUCCCCAGCGACGUACUGUAUAGUCAUGGUGCGCUUUGUGUGUGUCGCCCAAAAUUAUCUCUGAUGUUUUCUUGGUUCGUGUGUGGUCAAGCAUUCAGGGGACAGAGCUCAAGCUUACCGUCUACUCAGUAUAUGUUUUGCGUGGCGCGUUUCUGCAAUGUUUGUGUGUUGUAAUGCUUGUGUCGACAUUACGCCGCCACAGCGAUGCGUGCCGUUUCACUGACACUUCACUGCUUACUGACGCGCUUACAGAAAUGAUCAGUGUGCUUUUACCAUAGAACGUAUUUUAGUGAUCUUUAAUUUUGAUUGUUACCGCUUGUUAUGUGCUUUGGAACUUACUUUGGUUGGACGCUGUCCUCCCAAAAGAUUGUAUUCGCAGUAACGGAGUUACGGUUGUCACGAAAAAAAAAAAACCUGUGUUCAAAUUUGUUUGUUCCUGCUCUUCUUAAAUGAGAUCGAAGAUUCACUGCAUUAUUAAACAGGGAUUUAGUACGUUUUACAAUGGUGUGUUAAAAGAAUUUUUUCCGUUUUUCUUUUGGUGUGUGUGCAGCGAUUCAAGUCUUAUUAUUAUACGUUAUCGUGCUCUCUCCUCUGAAUGCGGCGCAACGCUCUGUCUGUGUAUUAAUCUUUUUUUGCGAGUGUUGUUCUCAUUCUGGUGGUUGAAGCAAAUCUCUUCUGUGAACUGAACAACCAAGGACCGAGUCUAGUCUGGGUACUAUGUGUAAUGCUAUCGCUGUACAUGCGAAGAAUUGUAUAAAACGUACACAUAAAAAAUGCUUACAAUUA